ACAAUAACAGAGUGGGAGGAGGGCGGCAAGCAGGAUUUCCGGUUUGGGACUCCGUUGCGUGUGGCCAGAUGUUGCUAUCUUUGGCUGGGAGUGGGAGCACUGGCGUGACGUCCACCACUGUACCUGUUGCGUGUCAGGUCCCAACUCCCGAAAGCCACGGGAAGUCCGCAAGGGCGACAUUUCCCAUUCAAGCAAACAAAGCAACGUCCUCCGAGUAGCAGUAGUACGUGGGAGGAGUGGAGACGAGAGUGGAGGGCGAUGGGCGGAGACCGGAGAGCGGCGGCGGCGCUCCAGCGACACUGGUGCCCGUCAUGGAGCGUGAGCGAGCGGUGGCGGGCGCACGCCGGGAUGGUCCUCGUCAUGCUCGCCUACAGCGGCUACCACGUCCUCACCAAGUCCGUCCUCAACGUCGGCAUGAACCAGGUCGUCUUCUGCGUCUACCGCGACCUCCUCGCCUUCGCUGUCCUCGCCCCCGUCGCCUUCCUCCGCGAGAGAAGGGUGAGGCCUCCGGUGACACCUCAGCUCCUCGCAUCCUUCGCUCUUCUUGGCUUCACUGGGCUGUAUGGGAACCCGCUCCUGUUCCUCGUCGGUCUCCGGUACACGAACGCUUCCUACGCCGCGGCUUUCCAGCCCUCCAUACCAGUACUCACAUUUCUCUUGGCUGCCAUUGUCGGUGUUGAAGCCAUUAACAUCUUCACCAAAGACGGCGUCCUCAAAGUCAUCGGCACGGUCGUAUGCGUCUCCGGCGCCAUUCUGAUGGCUCUGUACCGAGGUUCAUCCUUGAUUGGCCUUACUAGAAGCAUGCCCAACGCAUGGGCGAGCACUUCCUAUCCUGCUGCCCCCAACUGGUUGGCAUCAGCCGUGCUCGAGCACGGUGUAGAAACAUGGCAGCUUGGUGUCCUGUGCCUUGUAGGAAACUGCCUCUUGGUGGCUGUUUAUCUAGUCAUACAGGCUCCAGUGAUGAAAAAAUAUCCUGCAAGCUUAUCCGUGACAGCUUAUUCCUAUUUUUUUGCUACAAUCUUUAUGGUGCUAACUGGAGUAUCUGCAACUAAUGGACUACACGAGUGGGCGCUGACGAAAACUGAGGUCAUAGCUGUUCUGUAUGCUGGAAUUGUUGCGUCUUGUUUGAGCUACUCAAUCAUGACAUGGGCAAACAAAAUUCUUGGACCUUCUCUAGUUGCCCUCUACAAUCCGCUCCAACCAGCCUUUUCCACUGUCCUCUCAACUAUUUUUCUUGGUGACCCAGUUUACAUCGGAAGCAUUAUUGGGGGAGUUUCCAUAAUUGUUGGUCUAUAUCUGGUUAUCUGGGCUCGCUACAAUGAAGAGCAACGAGCACCUAUGGAUGGUUAUUUGGACCCUCUUAUUGUGGAUAAUCCAAGAAUCCCCAAGACAGAAGAAAUCUCCUUCAUAUAGAUCCUUAAAUGAUCAGCGAAUUAAAUGGUUGUCUCCAAUAUGUUAGAAGUAGCAUGCAUAGAUCGCUUUAUUUUGUCUUCUGUAAUCAUAAUCUUAACUAAGGUUGUCUGCCUUGUGCAGGGUUGUGCUCGGUGACCUCGAACUACCGUCGACACUACCCUUGUAACAAAACUACUCUUUCUGCUUAAUGAAAAACAUGCUUUGGCAUGAUGUCUUAUGUUUGUUAAACUUUACAUAUAUAUUCUAACAAAGAAGUGGUCAAAAAUUCACAUUGGAGAA